UUUUUAAAAACCGUUAAAAUCUCAGUUCACAUUGAAUCUUUAAAAUUUUCUAGUCAAUCAUUUAUUUGCUGUGUAAUUAUUUGUUUUAUGAUGGAUCCAGCUGACAGUAAAGUUAAUAAGGAUGUUUUUGUAUCGUCUAAGGAUGAGAGUAAGAAAAUGAAGCUCAAUUGCAGCCAAAAUUCAUUCAAAUUGGGCGAGUUUAUAGAUCGCGAGCACGAAAAUUCAAAAGAUCUUCAGUGUUAUGUAAAGGUGAAUGAAAGGAUCUACACAAGACGUCUACGAAACUUAUUAAUCUCAAUUAUCAUAACUUUAAUGCUCAUCGUAUUUGUAAACUUUGGUCUGGAGAUGUUCAAGACUUGGUAUUAUGAUGGAUAUAAUGAGUACGAUUUUGACUACAAAACAGAUUUUUGGUCUAGUUUGGCUAGUUUUCUUUUGACAUUGCGGUAAUUUAUAUUUCUUGUUAUUAAAUUUUUAUGUGUAAAAUAAACGA